GCCUCGCUCGGUCCACACUCGACGUUCAAUCCGACUUGAGUUGCAACUCGAAAUCAAAGGCAGGAAAGGCCUGGCAGCGAGGGGCAGGCUCAGCUCAAGUCACUUCAUGUCCUCGACGCAGACUCAGGGCGUUGCCUCCUCCUCUUCACAACCACCACCACCGCGUCCACCCAUCCGCUAUCCUCUCCCCAUCCCUGCACCCAGCAGCAGCGGAUUCGCCCCACUCCUCGCACACCACGAUGCCGUGUUGAACGCAGAUUACAAGACGCCAUUCGCAGGCGCAAAGGAUGUGGUGGCACGACUACUCCCCUGGCACGUCUGGCAGGUGCCAGAGGACGUAGUCGCGCUAGCUAGAUCGAGGGCGGCGAGCAAGGACAAGGAGAGGGCAGGACUAGUAGUAGUAGAGAAUGGCACAACUACGACUACGACCAAGCGACGACGCCUCACAGCUACAGCUCGAGUGCCCUGCGUGCAGCGCAGCGGUAGGGCAGAGAGUGUCGCCUUUGACGCAAUCGAGGGAUUGACCUUCCCUGCCGACGAUGAGCUCGAUGAAGUCCUCUCGCGCUACGCUGCCCUGCGUCAACGCCAUCGGCUCCUCCAGCACACGAGCCUCGGCGGGUCGCAGGUCCAUCCGCCCGAGCAAGAGGACGAAGUGGUGCCUACGCUGCCUUCUACCCCAUUUUCGAAGGAGGGACAUCUACAGAUGCUUGGCCUGGCCUACGGGGACGAACGUGCCGCCUUGGAGGCAGAGGUGGCCCAGCUGAACGAGGCGAGGCAAACCCUCAUCGAGACGUACGGACAGCACUGGCAGGCCGAAUUGGAUCAGGUUGCACCAGGCUUUGAGAUGCCACCUCCAAGAGAGAUGUAUCCGCGCAUCGCCCCAAGUGCCAGCGCGAGCUCGAGCGCAGGUGGGAGUGGGAGCAAUGUCAAGCCAGCUUCUUCACAGCCAAGACCGGCACCAUCAUCCACCCCGGCCCCUGCGGCGGCUGCCUUCUCACCAGCUCCAGCCGCCUCUCCAUCAUCAGGUCCUUCUACCUCCAGCUCCAAGCGACAAACAUCGCCCUCCGCCUCGCGCAAGAGCAGCAAAGCAAAGCAGGCAUCAACGUCCAAAGCUGCCAGCUCAAAGGAGGCCAGGGAGUCAAAGGAGCCCACGGCGGCGGCGUCGGCAUCGGCGUCGGGCAAGUCGAAGGCCUCUUCGAGCACCAGCAAUAAUGCCAGUGCGAAGGGAUCGCCUGCUCCUACACACGCAGCAGGAGCGUCAACAGCCAGACGACCAUCAGUAUCAACGUCAGGCUCUGCUUCGCCCUCCAACUUCCCGAAGCCUACCGGCAGCACUAGCGGGAGCGGGGGCACAACUCGUCCACCUCAGCAAACAAGAGGCCAGUCACCCACCUCCGCAACCGCCGCCGCCGCCGCCGCCGCCGCGUCUUCUCCCUCCUCCUCAUCAUCAUCAGCCGCCGCCGCAGCAGCAGCAGCAGCAGCCACAGCGGCCUCGAUCACCUCUAUCGCCCCGUCCGCCUCCUCCUCUUCCUCCUCCCCACUUCCUCCUCAAUCCCAACCACCCACUCAACCACCCCUCCGAAUCGUCCUGCCCCUCCCCCUAAUCUCCCGCCUAACAGCAGCAGGAAUCGCCCCCCUCCCCGCCAAGCAUCUACAGCCGGCCAUUGAUGCGCACAAGGCUCGCGCUGCAGGAGGUGGCGGUACAGGAGGAGCAGGGGGAGGAGGAUGGAGCACAGCCCCCUGUGAACCGGACCCGAAUCAGAGGGAAGCUGCCGUCCUGUUGGGGAUUACGGAGGGGCCCGUUAAUCCUGCUUUGGCUCUGAAUGCGGCGAAUGGAGGAGCUGCCGGAGGAGGAGGAGGAGCAGGAGGAGCAGGAGCAGCGGGAGGUACGCGUUGUCAACUCGUCCACUUGAGCGUUCUCCUUAGUAGAUUGACGCCACAACAGUUAGGCGCCUUGGCUGAGGCGGUCAAUGUUGUGCAGAGUAGCGCUUCGAGCGGGGUGGGACCGGGAGGUGGAGGAGCAGGACCGGGGGGAGCGACAGGAGGUGCUGCUGGUGGCGGUGGUGGUAGUGGUGGUAAUGGCGGUGCUGGGCAGUCGUAGUCGAGGAUUGUGCGAAGGGUGAGGUGAGAAGAGAGAGAGAGUAAAGUGAGCAAAUGCCCAUCCACACACACACACACACUUGAUUUUGGGUCAGAUGCCAUGUCUCGUCUCGUCUCGUCUUGUCGACUUGAGUGAUCAAGGGAGUGUGAGUGUGAAGACGUGUGUAGAUUUGUCACGGUCGGUCGAGGUCUGAGAGGUGGAAAGAAGG